UUAUCAGUUCCAUGUGUUGGAAAUCUCAAUUAUCGCUUGAACUUUGACUCGAUUAUGAUUAUUUGAAGCCACAUCUGAGACGAGGAAAGCUCAUUGCAGUCCAGCUCGCGGUAAUCACUGGAGCAGCAUUAUGAUUUUGCUUCGUGCAGCAUCAGUCUUCGUACUGAUUUCUCUGAUCGGGGCGGCCCAUUCGCAACCUUCGGAUCUCAAGCAAUCGGAAUUCGGAUCUGAUGAGGAAAGUAACUUGUUUUAUAGGCCUUGGGUGUUACAUGGAAAAAAUGUGACGUGGAUAACCCUGGCCAAAUUGGGCAUCUCCUCCCUGAAUGCGGAGUUCCGAUUCAACGUUCCUCAAUUGGAAUGGCUGGUCAUGGACGACAACAUCAUACGUCAAAUACCGUCGAAAGCCUUCAAGUAUCUUCCAGACUUGACGUACCUCAGUUUAGCGAGAAAUCAAAUCAGUCAAUUUGAAACUGGCGCUUUCAUGUAUCUCGACAAGGUGCGAGUACUCGAUCUGGACGAAAACCGAUUGCCCAGUGAUUUGGAUAUCGGUAUUUUCAACGAUUUGCCGUCGCUGGAACGAUUGCAUUUGAGCCAUUGCGGACUGAGAGUUUUCGAUCUCUUCGAGGACAUGUACAACCUUUCUCAUCUUUAUUUAACCGGCAACCAAUUGACUACGUUUUACGCGAAUUCCGAGUCAACCUUGACGCAUUUAUAUCUGAACAACAAUGCGUUGCAGUUUGUUUCAUUAUCGAACCUUCGGUCGGUCGUUUACUUGAACAUGCACGGCAAUCGGUGUUCCAGAAUUUCGUCACAUUCUUACGUAACACCUGCGCAGUAUGCUAGGCAAUUACGUAAUACGGGGUGGUUUACUCAGCCAGAUGAUCUGCAAUUAUUAUUUAUAGAACGAUCCCCUGCGUUGGAGUACCUGAUAAUUUCAUCGAAUCAAAUAUCGCGAAUCGACGCCGAUAGUUUUCAGGGUGCCGAAGCGCUGAGUCACCUGAAUCUGACCGAUAAUAGAAUCGAAGAACUACUGCCUGGCACAUUCAGCGACUUGUUGGAACUAAAAACCAUUUUAUUGGACCAAAACCAGAUUGUACAAAUUAAUAAUGAAACAUUUGUUAAUUUACCGAGUUUGGAGAGGCUUUCGUUGAAACACAACAGGAUCGAUGAAAUAGAGGAAAACGCGUUCGCCAGGCUGAACUCAAACGCGAAUGCUGUUUACUUGUACCUGGAUAACAACGAAAUUUCUGUUUUAAAAAGUGGAUUGUUCCGGGACAUAAACGGACUGAAGCAUAUCGGGCUCAGUGGUAAUAGAAUAACAACGAUUUCGUCUGGUUCAUUUAAGAAUCUUCCACAUCUAGAGAGUAUAGAAAUACAGGACCAAUCGAGUGAAGAAAAUACAGCGAGAGAUAGAGGAUUCCCGGUACAAGUUCAAAGUGAAGGGUCGAUAGAAUCGGAUGCAUUUUUCGGCCUAUCAAAUUUAACCGCAAUCACCAUUCGUGGAAACAAAUUCACUGAUAUCAAGGCUCAAGCUUUCCACGCGCUUCCAAAACUGGCGAUAUUGAAUCUAUCCAAUAACAGUAUAGCGAAUCUCUCCCCUGAAGCUUUCACUGACCUUCCGGAAAUAAAACAUUUGUACUUAAGAAACAACUCAAUAUCCCAAAUUGCACCCAAAACUUUCCCGAACACGCUAAAGCGCUUGGAUCUCGCUUGGAAUCGGAUACCGCAAAAUUCUCAUGACUGGCACAUCGGAGAACUCUAUCACCUGGAAGAACUAGAUGUUUCUGGUAUCAUCGAACAACUCAAUCUACACGACUUAGUCGGCUUACCCGAAAACCUCACGCUUGUUUUUGGCAAAAUAAAAAAUUCAGUCGACUCUGUCCCAUGUCAUUAAACUGUGGCGUACGAUUUUCUUGAAGAAAGAAAAAAACUCAUUUUUCAAAAGUGUACAAUUUUCAAAAUUCUUUACGCUUGAAUGUUUUCGUCGUCCGCACUGCACCCACGUUUUAUGAUUGCCACGAUCAUAUUGCGCAACUCAUGUAAAAAACAACCUUAUCUAUAAUUGCAAAUAUGGUCACUAAUUGAAAUUCAGAUUUAAAAGUUGACGUCAAGGUCCAGCCGCUUCGAUUUCACGUUCGACACCGAUAUCGACGUGAAAUCCAAAUCUUGUAUAUCGCUUCAAAUAAAUCAUCGAUCAAAA